AUGGCGGCGACAACACUAGGCAGCAGAGACCAAUACCUCUACAUGGCAAAACUCGCCGAGCAAGCCGAGCGUUACGAGGAAAUGGUCAACUUCAUGGACACCCUCGUCACAUCCUCCACACCAUCCACCGAACUCACCGUCGAAGAGCGAAACCUCCUCUCAGUCGCUUACAAAAACGUGAUCGGAUCUCUACGCGCCGCGUGGAGAAUCGUCUCCUCGAUCGAGCAAAAGGAAGAGUCUCGUAAGAACGAGGAGCACGUGACGCUCGUCAAAAACUACAGAUCUAAAGUCGAGAAAGAGCUUUCCUCCGUCUGCGAAGGGAUACUAAAGCUUCUUGAUUCGAAUUUGAUCCCUUCCGCGACGGGGAGUGAAGGGAAAGUGUUUUAUUUGAAGAUGAAGGGAGAUUAUCAUAGGUAUAUGGCGGAGUUUAAGUCUGGUGAGGAGAGGAGAGUUGCUGGUGAAGAUACUAUGGAGGCUUAUAAGGCUGCUCAGGAUAUUGCAGCUGUUGAGAUGGCGCCUACUCAUCCUAUUAGGCUUGGUCUUGCGUUGAAUUUCUCUGUGUUUUACUAUGAGAUUCUUAAUUCUUCAGACAAAGCUUGUAACAUGGCCAAACAGGCUUUUGAGGAAGCCAUAGCUGAGCUUGACACACUGGGAGAAGAAUCAUACAAAGACAGCACUCUCAUUAUGCAGUUGCUCAGGGACAAUCUUACCCUUUGGACUUCUGAUAUGCAGGAGCAGAUGGACGAGGCGUGAGGGUGUUAAGGGAUGGGGGGAGAGUGUUAUGCGCCAUGUGAAAAUCCCCAAAACCUUUGCUCGGAACUGUGAAAAACAAUAUUUAAGUGUUUAUGAUUUGAGUAUGUGCACAGCUUGGUGAUUUUUAUCUACUCUAUUAAAAACUCUUCUCAAACUGUGUUCUUUAAAAAUGUCUUCUCGCGACACUGCUUAAGCUUUGCAAAAAAAAAGAAAAAACCUCUUCCUCCAUACUCGAAUAUUGACUUUUAUACGGUCAUCGUAAUGGGCUUGCAUCUGAGUCCAGUUUGAUAAUAUAUAAGUUUGUUCUGUU